CUUUUUCCGGGGAGCGGGCACGGAUCACAUUGUCUCUGCAGCUCAAGCUUUGUGACAGUAGGCUAUUACAUUCUCACCGGGGGAGGGAAGGAGUUCUAAUAGUCGGAUUUUGUUUUAAAUUGGGGCGCACUUUUUCGGAAAAAAUACACUUGGGCGAAGUGAAUCCUUUUGUUCCUUCGUUUGCAUUUGUUAUCCCUGAAUAGCAACUGGAGGCGUCAUUUCACGAGACCAUGGAAGAGAACAAGCAUCCAUAUACACUGAUAAAUGUUAUAGGAGGCACAAAUGGAGUAUAUGAAGACCAUGUGGAGUUUCUGGAGAAACAUUUUAAGCUCAUUACCAUGAAGGAAUUUACUGAAAACAAGCAAGAUCUUAGUCAUAAAAUCAAAGCAAUUUUUAUGUGGUUUCACAAACCAGUGGUUGACAGGGAUCUCCUGCAAAGCUUGCCUAAUUUAAAGGUGAUUGCAAACUGUGGCGUAGGCGUGGAUCACUUGGACCUAAAACUGAUCUCCAGCUUUGGCGUGAAAGUAGCAAACACCCCAUUCGCAGUUUCCAAUCCUACAGCAGACUUGGGGAUGGCUUUGAUGCUGGCUUCUGCCAGGAGGAUUGUGGAAGGUCAUCAGAUUGCAGUUUCUCCUGACACUAAAUGUUUUAUGGCUGACUGGUUAGGAGAAGAAAUUAACGGUGCAACGCUGGGGAUCAUUGGAAUGGGCGCUAUUGGGUACAAAGUGGCCCAGAGAGCCAGAGCUUUUGAAAUGAACAUUCUUUAUCAUAAUAGGAGCCGGAGGAAUGAGGCUGAUGAACAGGCUGUUGGUGCUGUUUAUUGCGCAAAGUUGGAAGACUUACUCCAGCGUUCUGACUUUGUCAUACUGUCUGUGAACCUGUCACCUCAAACACAAAAACUGAUUGGAAGAAAGGAGUUGGAACUCAUGAAACCCACUGCUACUCUUAUCAACAUCUCUAGAGGUCAAGUGGUUGAUCAAGAUGCAUUGGUGAACGCACUGAAAAAUGGAGUUAUUAAGGCCGCAGCUUUGGAUGUGACAUAUCCUGAGCCAUUGCCAAGAGAUCAUGCUUUAUUACAUUUAAAGAAUGUCAUUAUAACUCCUCACCUUGGAAGUGCAACUUCAAAAGCUCGCUAUCUGAUGAUGAAAAACAUGGUUGAAAGCAUCUUGGCUGGUGUCAGUGGUUUCCCAGUCCCUAAUGAAGUGCAUGUGUAACAUUCUCCAUAUGAUACAGAUGAAAUGUUAAUUCUGUGUACAUUUUGCUGUAUCUGUCUCAAGGUGUUUCGUAUGAAAAUUAUAUAUUCAAUUUUUAUUUUCAGUAAAAAAAAAAGUUUGUACUUAUAUUCAGAUAUGAAAAAGAAAAAUGAAUGAAUAUGCUAUUUGAUGUGUUUCCUUUAUUGUAUUGUUCAAUUUGUUUCACAGGCCUUUGCUAAAUGGAAUGGAAACACAAAUUAAAAAAAUAAAAAGUUGUAAUAUGUC